AUGACCACAGAGGAGGUAGCCACUGAGCCCAGUCUAGUGAUCACACUGAUGACGUCACAGGCACCGGGUCCACAUUGGAUUCACGACUGUCCGGAGUCCAAACUGAAGUGGUGGUUUCCCCUUGCUCUCACUGCAGCUAUAUAUGCGGUUAACAUUCUCUACAUUCUUGGAAAGUACCUCCUCAAACGACUUCGUCCUGAACCAACUCCACAUUGUACUGCCUACCCCAACAUCUUCCGAGGUAUCGAUCACAACUCCUUUGACGAUGAUGACCAGGAACUGGAUUUUAUGGAGGAGGAGCCAUUUGCGAGAUCACAGGCUUUUUGGGUGGAUGAUAAUCAGUGGAGUGAUUUGGAUGACUUGAGAACGCCCCACACAUCGACAAUUGUAGCAACCACACUUGCGGUUCCGUCAGAGCAGACGGUGAAUGACGAGGAGGAAGAGGAUGAAUCGUUUCCUGGAAGACGCAUAAAACAAUCCGAAAAGGGAAUAGGGGGUGAGAAAGUGAAAGACAAUGGUGUUGCCCUCCAACUGAGUAAUAGCGUAAACGUGAAGACUGUUGAAGAGGUGUUGCAAAAAAAGAAUGUACGACAUCUUUUGAGACAGAAUAGAUGCCUAGGAGGACAAAAUGGGCAGUUGACUCUAAAAAUACGCAUCUAUUGUGAAAAAAUGACCUCAGUUUCCUAUCCAACUGGUCGAUUUAUGCUUGUAGUUUACGUACUUCUGUGCACGAUGAGCUGGAUUAUCUACAUUAUUGGAACGAUCUUCCUCUACAACAUAGAAACUCAACCCGAUGUCAUAAAAGCUCUCGAGGGUCGUCCACCACUGAUAGUUCAAGGUCUCUGUCUAACAUCUGGGUUGUCGAUUCUCAAUUGGAGUGAUUUGGCCAUUCACACCUACUUCCUGAUCUAUUUCAUACUUCGGCUUGGAGCUGCGGUAGACCGAAACAUGUUCUUCUUUAAGAUAACCUCGUUGGUUGAUGUGCUUACAAUAUGUGGAUCAUACGUUGCUGCCUUUCAACCGCGUUACCAUCUCGAUCUUGGAUUUCUACGAGCCCUAAAUGUAUUCAACUUUGGUGAGGUACUAAGCUAUAUGGGUAUCCUCUCAUCAAACCACGUCAUUGAGACAGUCGACGUCUUCUUCAUCAUGUUCGCCAUGUGGAUGGUUGGCAGUGGUCUUAUUCACCUGUUUCCCUGCAUCAUCACUUGGAUUGCUUUUCUACCUCUUUUCGCUCAGAUCAUUCAUCUUGGCGAUUUCUGGGAGGAGGAUCACAAAGCCUUACAAUGGAAUUACCUCGACUGUUGUUACUUCCUUCUAGUUACCAUGUCUACGGUUGGAUUUGGUGACUUCUAUCCAGUUACGAUGCUCGGAAGACUUUAUAUCUGCGUCUUCAUUCCUGUUGCCAUGGGUAUCUUUGCCGUCUUUGUGCCGGAAAUCUUUCGCAAAGUUUCGGCACGAGGUGCUCCCUCCGAUUCGUACCAGGCUCUUGCUGGACAUCAACACGUGGUGGUGUGUGGCCACUUCAACAACAUCAGCCUCAGCGCAGUUCUUCGCGGAUUCUUCCAUAUCGAACACGCGUCCCGUCAUAGUCUCGUCAAUAUGGUGAUUCUUCGUGUAUCCCCUAUAGACCUAGCAAUGCGCGCCAUUCUGACAAAAUACAACGCCUGGGUGAAGUACUACCAGGGUACACCAGCAGAUCCGCAGGACCUGGCUCGCAUUUGCUUCCGCAGUUCCCAGGGUGCGUUAGUCCUUGCCAAGCCAAACUCGAACAGAAGUGUAGACGAAGAUGGUGGUAACAUCAUGCAGGCUAUCUCGCUGAAGGCACACAGCGAACGUAUUCGUGUCCUCGUGCAGUUGCACCACUUCAAAAAUAAGUGCCUCCUCUACAAUUUUCCCCGAUGGACGUGUCGUACCAAAGACAUGGUGAUCUGUAUGGACGAGCUGAAGUUGGGUUUAAUGUCGCUAAAUUGUAUUGCACCUGGAUUCUCCACAAUCAUCCUCAAUCUUCUUAAUGGCCAUCGUAUCAAAAAUGUUGGGAAACAGACACAAAAGGAAAAGUGGCGUCGUGAAUAUGAGUACGGCGUUUCCAUGGAGAUCUAUGAUGUCAGUUUGAGCUAUGAAUUCCACAAUCUCUGCGUUCAGGAGUUGACACUAUUUGCCUACGAAAAAUGGAACAUUGUUAUCUGCGCCCUCUGUCGUACGGAACCGGACAAACCGAGUGUCAUUAUCAAUCCAGCCGGUUAUAAAGACCUCAAAGUUAACACUUUGACAACAAAAGCCAUUGUUAUCGCAACAAAUUCUACUGUGGUUAGUCGAAUGCGCAAUUAUUGCACCAAAUGCCGAGGCCACGAAACUGACCGUCUAUGCCAGUGUCCUACACGACUUCAGUUCUACAUUCAAGCGGCGGGUCUGAAGAAAGAUGAGUGUUCCAAUAUCCUACUGGAUCGAGAAUCCUCCGUACAGAUACGUGCAUCUAUGGAUGUUACACCACUGCUUUCCACUUACUGCUCCACGCAAUCACUCCAACUAUUGCGCCAGCUCUCGGCAUCAGUGAUAGUCCUCACUGUCAGCUGUCACUGCGAGAACCGCCACAUAGUAUCCUUUCUUAUGUCCUUCAAACUACAGGUCUCGGUUGGGUCUAAACUCCUCUGUAACAAGACGUUAGUUAGAAAUACAAAAGAAAGAGAACGCGCCAUCAGCGAUGACGAAUCGGAAUUUCAGGUUCCUGAGUAUGGAGAAGUCCUUUCCGAUCCUCUCCUAAUCGAAACUGAGGACACAGCUCAAGGUCAAGUUUCGCGUUCAGCCAGUGGGGACCUCAGCCCAUCCGAAUGCGAUUUACUGCCAGAGCAGGCUACAGUAGCGGCUGGAAAGUUAAAACAUUCAAAAGUAGAGGGGUUUUCCCGCUUCACGAUUGGUCCGAUUCCGACAUCAGCAAGUCCAAGAAGUGGGGUGCUUACUCAAGGAUGCUCUCGGCAGCAGUCAUUGCUGCUAAACCUUGCAGACUACAUUCCACUGCCGCAUAAACCCUAUGUGCCAAAAUACGUGGAUUCGACGGGAUGUUUCCAUUGGAUACCAGAUAUGCCAAUUGAAAGAAUCAAGUUGACACCAGCCGAGGCAAUAAAAUACCAAUUUAGAGACCACUAUCUCCUCUGCAUGGUUGAACCUUUGGCAGACCAGUCGUUGAACCUAAGGAGUUUUGUCUUCCCUCUGCGUUUUCACUGGAUGGAGGUGCGGGAUAUUGUCAUAUUGGGUAACACCUCAGCCAUCAAGGCGGAGGAAUGGACAAGCAUCAAGAACAUUCCCAAUGUCUUUCUUGUCCAAGGUAAUCCCUGCAGCUUGAACGAUCUAAAUGCAGUUCGAUUGAAGCACUGCACAGCUUGCACAAUCCUCGGUGAAGCUAUCAGAGAAAGUGAAGAGGAUCACUGUCUAAGAGACAAGAAUACACUCUUCUGUGCUAUGACAAUUCGAUCGCUGAUUGAACAGUCGCCUAGAUACAUUCACAUGGCAACCGAGCUUCACUAUGAACAGAACGCACAUCACUUCAGUUCAGCAGAGUCGCACAAACUCGAUUUCAAAUUGCCAAUACGAUUUCAAGAGGCCUUUGCCAGAGGAAUUAUCUUUAGCAAUACCCUUCUUUAUAGUUCUAUCAGUUCAUUGUAUUUCAGUGGGUCGGUCUUUCAGUUCCUACGAGUCCUACUCUUUGGCAUAGCUGUUGAGGAAUUGGAAUCAGCCAGCCUACUUCGAAAUGGACUACAACGUGGGCAAAGGAAUGCCUCCCAGAAGGCAACUGGCGUUCGAGUGGCUUUACUCAAUAUGUGUGAGAUUCCCUUUGGAACACUUUUCACCCGUCCUGGCAAGCGGGUUCUUCGUUACAAAGACGUAUUUAUACAUGCCCUGAUGUGUUGGAGAAUCCUCUGCCUUGGAAUUUACCGUCUAGAUCGUCGAGGUUUUCGUGUGGUUAUCACAAACCCACCUAAAGUCCUUAAAAUGUGCACUGAUGAUCAAGUCUUCUGUUUCAUUCCAAGUGAAUCCACUGUUCUUCAGGAGGAUGCAGGCAGUGUAGUUUCGACACCAACCAUGGACUCAAGUCUCUUCUUUUCAAGAACUCCUGGCGCCACCUAUGCAGGCAUGUCGGCAAUUGAAUUGGCCCGUCAGAGCGCAAAUGCCUGCCUCCAUUUUGCCGUGCGUGUAGUCCUGUGGGUGAACAUGGAGUCCAACAGCAUGAUUGAUAUGAGUUUGGAUGAAAUAAUUAAGCUUAAUAGAAGAGCCAAGAAGGCAAGUGGGUCAAAGCCAUCCGUUAAGGCUCGUUCAUUGGCCGUGAAGAGGGCGGGUUUGAUUCGGUCCUCUCUCGUGAAGCCCAUGAAAUCGCGUCGGGUUACCGCGGCUCGAGCGAUUUUCCAGCGCGCUAGACGAACCGCUGCCAUCGCGGCAAGGGUAGCAGCAGACGCAGCUGCACUGGUCUCGCCUGCUAAUACUGUUGCUCAAAGUAAUCGUCGCAUCGGUGCCGCUGGUCCAGCUGCAGCAAGGAAUAACCGUGCAAUAAGCCGCAAUUUGGCAGUUCGGCAAAGAAUCAUGGCAGUGAAUCGUCAGAUCUUCCAGCGUCAACGUCGCAGUCGUGGCGUUCCAGGCGCAUUGAGCCGUCUGGGUGUCCGGCCCCAACGUCAUGUGCAAAGACAGCAGAGGCUGCAGAGAUCUGAUACUAUUCAACGUUUAUCUCGUAACAACAAUAGUAGUAACACAUUUGGCAUCGGCUCUCAACGUUCCUUCCGUCAGAAUUCAUCCCUCAACGUCAUUGGUAGACAGCGCCGCGUCACCAGAGUUGAUACUCAGCGUUUCGGCAUUCGCCGUCGUGGCGGUGGACAAAUUGUAGGAGCGCAGACGAACAUGAGUGCAAUGUCCUCGACACGCUACCAGCAGUACCUUCAGCAGGCGCGCGCCCUGAUCCGUGCUCAGGCGGAGCGUGUUAACGCCACUGCCGGUGGCUUCAACACCCGUGACAACUAUAAUCGCUACAGUCGCACCAAUUCGAUGUAUGUGGACGUGCCAGUGAGAAGUGGUGGCGGUGACUUCAAUGGCAACCGUUUCGGUGGUCGGAACGGUAUGCGUGGCCGUUUCAGAGGCUGA